AUGGUCAAAUCCUAUUUGAAAUUCGAGCAUUCGAACACCUUCGGCCUCGUCGCCACCGCGUCGUCGAAUGCGAUCUGGACGAGAGACGCCGAUGUCCCAGGUACUGCGCGCCGUACAGGCGUAGGGCGAGCCGUCGUAGGUGCGAGCGAAGAGGUACUUUGCUGGGAUGUGAAGAAGGGCGAAUUAAUCGGGAGAUGGCGCGACAGUUCGUGCAAGGCGCAGGUCACGGCCAUCAUCCAAAGUAAAACGGAUGAGGAUAUUUUCGCUGUCGGCUACGAGGAUGGCACUAUCAGAAUUUGGGACUCGCGAACUUCAACCGUCAUUAUCUCCUUUAAUGGUCACAAAUCUGCGAUCACUCGACUCGCCUUCGAUAAUGCUGGUGUGCGCCUUGCCAGCGGUUCCAAGGAUACUGAUAUCAUCGUGUGGGAUUUGAUAUCGGAAGUCGGACUGUUCAAGCUUCGUGGGCAUACGGAUCAAAUCACCUCGCUUCACUUCCUCUUCCCCCCCGCGGAACUGCUCCAGGCCGCUGGGCAAACCGAGCACGCAGGUUUCCUCUUGACGACCAGCAAAGAUUCCUUGAUCAAGGUCUGGGAUCUUGCUACGCAACACUGCAUCGAGACUCAUGUUGCGCAAUCCAAUGGCGAAUGCUGGAGUUUGGGUCUCUCGCCUGACCAAAGCGGUUGCAUUACUGGAGGUAACGAUGGCGAGCUCAAGGUGUGGUCGAUCGACGAAAGUGCCAUGAUAGAGGUUGCCAAGGAACGGACCGGGUCGGAAAGCCGCAAAAUCCUGACAGAUCGUGGGACUCUGUACAGGAACGGCAAGGACCGGACGACCGGCAUUUGUUUCCAUCCGCGGUCAGACUACAUCGGUAUUCAUGGCUCGGAGAAAGCGGUGGAAAUCUGGCGCAUUCGUUCGCAGACCGAAGUUCAAAAGGCUUUGGCAAGAAAGCGCAAAAGGCGCAAUCAGAAGGAGGCGCAACGUGCUGCUGCUGAUGGUGAGGAGGCUGCGGCGGAAAAUGACAAUCAGAAAUCGGAAGACCCUGCCUCUGCCCCAGUAUCCGAGGUCUUCGUACCUCAUGUUAUUGUUCGCACCGGUGGUAAGGCUCGUUCAUUCGAUUGGAUUGCCACCAAGUCGAGCCACAACCUUCAGCUCCUUGUGGCCACAACAAACAACCAGCUUGAAGCGUACACCGUUGUGACUUCAAACAAAAAGGCCAAGGAUGAUGAGGAUAACGAAUACUCCCGAAACCUUGCCGUGGAAAUACCAGGCCACCGAACCGACAUCCGUUCUAUUGCAUUGAGCUCUGACGACCGCAUGCUUGCCUCAGCCUCCAAUGGCAGUCUCAAAAUCUGGAACGUCCGGACGCAGAGCUGUCUGCGGACUUUAGAGUGCGGCUAUUCUCUCUGCUCCGCAUUCCUACCUGGAGACAAGAUUGUUGUAGUCGGCAAUAAAAACGGAGAGCUAGAGGUUUUCGAUAUUGCCUCUUCUACGCUUCUCGACACAAUCAAGGCCCACGAUGGGCCUGUGUGGUCACUCCACGUUCAUCCGGAUGGAAAGUCCAUGGCCAGUGGUGGAGCUGACAAGACUGCCAAAUUUUGGACCUUCCAAAUUGUUCAGGAAGAGAUUCCUGGAACAAAACGAACUACACCUCGCCUGAAACUUGUUCACACAAGGACACUGAAAGUCUCGGAUGACAUCCUCAGUCUGCGAUUUUCACCCGAUGCUCGACUUCUUGCGGUGUCUCUUUUAGAUAAUACCGUGAAGGUGUUCUUUGUUGACUCGCUCAAACUAUUCCUCAAUCUCUAUGGCCACAAGCUGCCCGUUUUGAACAUGGACAUAUCUUACGACAGUAAGUUGAUCGUCACUUGCUCAGCCGACAAGACGGUGCGGCUGUGGGGUCUUGAUUUUGGUGAUUGUCACAAGUCCUUCUUGGCGCAUGAAGACAGUAUCAUGGCCGUUGCGUUUGUCCCUAACAACAACGAAGGCAACGGACAUAACUUUUUCAGUGCCAGCAAGGACCGUGUGAUCAAAUACUGGGACGGCGACAAAUUCGAACUGAUCCAGAAACUCGAGGCCCACCAUGGUGAGAUCUGGUGCUUAGCCGUCGGUCAUUCGGGCGAGUUCAUCGCCAGUGCGAGUCACGACAAGAGCAUUCGGAUCUGGGAACAGACCGACGAGCAGAUCUUCCUGGAAGAAGAACGCGAAAAGGAAUUAGAGGAGAUGCACGAUAAGAAUCUCCUAGACUCCCUAGGAGACGAUGAGGAUGGCGAGGGCGAGAAAGCCGAGGCCGUGGAUGCGAGCAAGCAGACCGCCGACACCCUCAUGGCCGGAGAAAAAAUCAUGGAAGCCUUGGACUUGGGUAUGGAGGAUCUCCAGCUCAUGCAGGAGUGGAAGGAAAUCAAGGCUUCGCAGCCCAACGCCCUACCGCAGGGCCGGAACCCGCUCUACAUCGCCCUAGGCAACAUCUCCGCCGAACGCCACGUCUUGAAGGUGAUCCAGAAAAUCCCCGCGGCAUCUCUGCAGGAUGCCCUGCUCGUCCUGCCCUUUUCCAAAGUGACCUCGCUCUUCACCUUCCUCGAGAUCUGGGCCGGACGCGAAUGGGACGUUCCGCUCACCUGCCGCGUGCUGUUCUUCAUUCUCAAGACGCACCACCGCCAGAUCAUCGCAAGCAAGAUGAUGCGACCCAUGCUGGACAGCAUCCGGGCGUCGCUGCGCCGCGUUCUCGCGCGCCAGCAAGACGAAAUGGGCUUCAACCUGGCUGCGCUGCAGUUCAUUAGCACCCAGGUGCGGGAACAGGGCACCAAGGAUUACGUCGACGUCGACACUUGGGAGGACCAGCAACAGCAGAAGAUGGGAUCGGGUAAAAAGCGAACUUUCGUCAGCGUGGCUUGA